AUGAGGGCCUCGGGGGCCCCUGCUGCUGCUGGGGGCCCCCCUGGGCGAAUUCGGAAGGGCCUCACCAUAAGAAAACCCCUCAUAAUGGGGACUUAUGCUUUCAAGUUAACUCAAGCCGAAAAAAGGAGACACAACGACAUGACCCACAAAUGGACUUGUCUCUUGAGGUCUCCAGAUGGAGAAGACAUUUCGCACUUCAUUAAAAAAGUUGUUUUCGAAUUGGAUCCGUCUUUU